GGUAGUUGGUUACCGGACAAAGCUUCAAGACUCCUUACGGAUGAGAUAGAAAAACUAUUUAAAGACUCACCUACUUGGGGCCAGAUGUCACCAAACCGCCAGAGACAGAUCUAUUAUGCAUUUAAGGAAAAAUGUGUCUGGCGCCCGGAACAUGAGACGCAGCUAGCCCAAAACUUCAAGAAGAAAGCUCAGCGCUUACUAAGUGACAUGUUAGGAAGGGUUCGUGAAUCUAACAAGAAACCCAAGUGGAUCCUUCCUGAAAACUAUGCCAAGCUACUUCAUUACUGGGCAACUAAUGAAAUAUUCUUACAACUAAGUGACAUAGGGAAGAAGGCUAGAAAUUCGACAAAGGGUGGCUCCCUACACACUAGUGGGGCUAUGAGCCAAGAGGCCGUGAGGAGGAAGAUGGCAAGUCUACCUUAAGUGUACUUGUAGGAUUGUGAAUUUACUUUAUUUUCUUUAUGUCUAAUCAAUUUAUUGUUUUGUAGGAACUAAAACGGGGGACGCCAGUGCCUCAAGAUGAGGCGUUCAAGAUCACUCAUGUGAAGAAGAAGGCAAACACUAAUGAU